AUGGUUCAGGAUUUUGCCCAGGUUGGAUUUUAUCACUGCAAAUCAAUUAUUAUCGCGCAAUGUUUUGGUCGUUUUGGAAACUCGGUUAGGCUCAUGAGGUUAUGGAUGAAGCUUUGGCCUGCGUUUCACUUGGUUUAUGCUUGGUUUCCUUUUUCCGCUUGGUCGUGUGGUAGCAUCUUGUGGAAGUUAUGGAUAGUUUGUAUGAUGCGUGUUGGCUUGGAGCAUGGUGGCUGCUGUUUGCAAAUCAUCUCCCAUGUAUUGAUGAGGCUUCAGCUUUGGUCUUAG